CUUUAAAUCACAAUCACCUUUCCACCUAUCUGUCUUUUAUCUCCUUUUUCACGAGCAUUGCCUGUAAAAUACAAAAGGCUAGGGUUUCUACGUCAGCUUCUUUAAUUCUGUUUCUCCAUUUCUAGUGUUUCGGUCGAAUAUCGGAUGUCCAUAUCGGAGAUCCGAUAAAUGCCUUACAAGAUUUCACCUCCGCUUUUUCUUUCCCUCGUUGCUGUAGAAAUCCUCUCGGAAUUGCCGGGAAUCGGAUUCCCGCGAGAUUUCUAGGGUUUCGGAGUGGUCGGGAAAGGAAGUCGUGAGUGUUGGCGAUUGCUUUUUUCGAGAAAUUGUUGGAUUGCAGUGGAAUUUCUAGGGUUUUUGGAAGGCGUUGGGAGGAAUUUGCUGAAAUAACGUGUCGUUUGUUGGAUUUUUGAUGUGGUUGUGGUCAUCGAUUUCUCUGUGGAUUUUACUAAUUGCGACGGGGAUUGGAUUGAAUGAUGGAGAGUAGCUGAGCUUCGAUCGGAUUUCGAGAGUUUUCUGGGGUUUUGGAGGAAUCGGGCUCGGAUUUGCAGAAGUGGUGGUUUCUCGUUGGGUUCUGCGUGAUGUUGGCGUUUUUGUGGUCUUUUGGUUGAUUUCUUGUGAAUUUUCAUUAAUGGUGAGGCGUGACGGAAAUAAUUGGGGUUUUUAGAAGGUGAAUUAGCUCGAAUUUGCAGAUAUUGUGGGUGUUUUUUUUUUUUUUCUUGAUGUGGCUUGGUGGAUUUCUUCAGGAAGUUCAUUAAUGGAGAGCUGUAAUGGGAGUUUCUAACUACUCUUUGCUAUUUUUUGUGACGAACAUAUGAAAAACACUGAACGGAUAAUACUGGAGAUAGCUAGGGUUUUGCAAGAUUUGGGAUUUUUUUGAUGUGUUCUGGAGUCUACAGACUGGUUUCUAUUGAUACAAUUCCAUAAUUACCCACUUGAAUUGCCAGCAACAUCCAGAGAUUUCCAUUAGUAUCUGAUAAGCUGAUAUUGUGGUGUUACUGUCAGAAUCUGGUGUUUCCUUGUCUUUAGGAUUUUGAAGGUGGUCUGAUUGCAGUUUCUUCCCUAACUUUGUUAAUCGAGAUCGGUUCUUGUGAAGAACAGGAGCUUUUAGAUCUCCUCCUUUUGUUCUUCAAAGCGAACAUGUGGAAAAAUAACAUUGGAUGUCUAUAAAUGGCAGAUGGCCACAAAUAGCCAUGUUUAAUUGGACUUUGGCAUGGAUUUAUUAAUGGCUUAGGUUUGUUGUAGCAAAACUGUAGAUAAGAUCACUUGCAGAGGCAUUUGAAUGCGAGCUGAAAGUAUACAUUUUGCUUCAAGGGGUUACUGAGUUGAACUGUCAGACUUAAUUAGGGUGUGGUAUGGAGGAUAUGCGGCUGUUCAAGCAAGGAUGGAAAUGGCUUCAUUCUCAGAAGCAUGUGUUCUUGGGUACCCAAACAGCAGCAAGCUGUUUCAAGGACAGAAUUGUCUCUUUGGUCGACCGCCAUUGGCCAAUGGUUUACAGCCGGAUUGUGCAAAUGGGAAAGUUUUUGCUGCUGCUUUUGUUACAGUGGAGAGACUGUGUUGUCAGGGGUUGCAGAUCAUUGCUCCGCCUGGGUUCUACCACAUUGUUCGUUGUAGUGUGGAGUUGCUUUCUUAGUUUCACGUCGACAACUUGCCUGGUUUAUGUGCUUCUGAUUCUGGGAGCUGCCGGAGCUGCCAUUCGUUACUUAGGUUAUACCUCUGGACUUUUUAUCGUUGGGCUGUUUGGAAUUUUGACUAUGUGGAUGUAUGGUAACUUUUGGUUCACAGGGUUGUUGUUUAUAGUUGGAGGUUAUUUGUUCUCCCUAAAUCAUGCACGGCUGGUGAUCCUCAUGUCAACUGCAUAUGCUUUAUAUUUUGUUAAUGUUCGUGCUGGAUGGCUAGGGGUUUUCCUCUCGAUAAACCUAGCCUGCCUUUCGAAUGAUAUCUUUAGCUACCUGCUUCAUGUAUAUGAUGGGGCAAAUGAAAGUGUGCACUUUGAAGAACACAAGGAACCAGAACCCAUUCCAGAAGACUUCUCUGGAGAUUGCGAAUAUCCUCCCCCAACCAAUGAAUCUGAAAAUGUGUCUUCAUGCAAAUCAUCCAGCAAAGCACCUAGUACAUCAAAAAUUGUAAACUUUCAAGAAAAUUCUUCUGUUAGCAAGGUGGUCAAAGAAGAGUCAAGCUCGAUGGAUGAGAUGAGGAGGAUAUUUAAUAGCUUGAAUCAUUAUGAAGCUCUAGGCUUUCCCCGACACAAGAAUAUUGAUGUUGCAGUAUUGAAAAAAGAAUAUCGGAAAAAGGCUAAGCUUGUACAUCCUGACAAAAAUAUGGGAAGCCCUCUAGCAAGUGAAUCAUUUAAGAAGCUGCAGUGUGCAUACGAGGUUCUUUCAGAUUCAACAAAGAAGAGAAAUUAUGAUGAACAGUUGAGGAAGGAAGAAUCGAAGAGUGUCUGUCAGAAGUCUCAUGGUACCUCAAAACAGGACGGUGUGGAAUAUCGUUCAGAAGAGUCCAGGCGUAUACAGUGCACAAAGUGUGGAAUUUCACAUAUAUGGAUAUGCACAAAUAGAACCAAGGCCAAGGCUCGGUGGUGUCAGGAUUGCUGCCAGUACCAUCCAGCCAAAGAUGGAGAUGGAUGGGUUGAGUAUGGAUGCCCACUCGUCUUUUCAGUGCCUCAGAAGGUUGAAAUUCCACGUGCUUUUGUCUGCGCUGAGAGUAAGAUUUUUGAUGUGUCAGAAUGGGCCAUUUGUCAGGGAAUGGCAUGUAGACCCAAUACCCACCGUCCGAGCUUCCACGUGAACAUGGUUGGCUUGGAGAAAUCGACCCAAAAGUCCAAUCCCAGCAGAUACCCAUGGGAUUUGGAUGCCGAGAUGGAGGACGAGGAAGAGUUUGAGAUAUGGUUUCAGGAGGCCUUGGCCUCCGGACUCUUCACAGAAACAUCAAAGCGCCGGAAGAGCUGGAGCCCUUUCAAGCUACAUCAGAAGAAAGGCAAGAAGCAGUGGAGGAAAGCUUCGUGGAUGGAAAUAUAGAAGGUAAAGGGAGUAGUGGUAGGUUUUUAUGGAUGAAGGCCUCAAAAGAGGAAAGAAAAAGAAAGACAGUGGAAGGGGGAAUGAAACUGACACUGUAAAUAGAAAUCAAGGCAAAAAUCUGUUGAGUACCCCAUGUCAUCUGUUGUAAAAAUGUCAUAAGGGGGUAGGUGGUAACACGGCUCAAUGAAUAUGCAAUGUGUUUUUCUCGUGCCCUCAUCUUGGGCACCUGUACGUUUUGGUCAUUUCCGCAAAAUCGAAUGGUGGAUAAGAGGACUGGGUCCAUCUUCUUGUUGUAAAUUGAUGCAGGUAACUGACUCUCUUUGCAGCCUACGAAAAAUAUAUUCGCCUCUUCUCA